GCCAGGUCUUCCCCCUCCCCUCCCAGAUCCAUUGCAUUGCAGCAGCAUGAGCUCAGCGGCAGUGUAGUGCGCUCGCUCGUCUCGCGGGACUCCGGCUAUUAUUGUUAUCAUUAUUAUUAUUAUUUCCCCCGGCCGGACUCGCUCUUCGGCUCCGUCUGGCUGCGGCCGGUACCUUGGAUAUUGGAAGCUGAACGGGGGGCUCUCUGCCCGGGCUUGGAUUAAUCAUGGAUGCGGGAAUGGAGAAAGAAUGCAGCGCUCUCGGAGGGCUCUUCCAGACCAUCAUGAACGAUAUGAAGGCCAGUUACCCCACCUGGGAAGACUUCAUCAACAAAGCUAUAAAAUUACAGUCACAAUUAAAGACAACAACCGUCGUAACCGGAUCCUUUUUAGAUGCAUUCCAGAAAAUCGCAGAUAUGGCCAUUAACACACGAGGAGCCACAAAAGAAAUCGGUUCUGCCCUGACCAGGAUGUGUAUGAGACACCGGAACAUAGAGUCCAGACUCAAACAUCUCACAGUAGCUCUCUCUGACAACUUGAUCAACCCCCUGGAGAUCAAAAUCGAGGAGUGGAAGAAGAUCGCCAACCAGCUAGACAAAGACCACGCAAAAGAAUAUAAAAAGGCUCGUUCGGACAUUAAGAAGAAGUCCUCUGAUACCAUAAAGCUGCAAAAGAAAGUGAAAAAAGGUAAGGAUGACGCUCGCAUGCAGCUGGACAGCGUCCUUCAGGACGUCAACGACAAGUACCUGCUUCUGGAGGAGACGGAGAAGAGAGCCGUGUACCGGGCGCUGGUGGAAGAGCGCGGGAGAUUCUGCGUGUUUGUCUCUUUCCUCAAGCCCGUGUUGGAUGAGGAGAUAGGAAUGCUCGGUGAAAUAACCCACUUACAAACCAUCCUGGAAGACUUGACAAACCUAACAGCUGAACCAAAUAAACUGCCCCCGUUGAGCGAGCAGGUGAUACACGAUCUGAAGAACUCGGAUUACAAUUUCAUCUACCAGACCCCACCUGCGUCUCCGAGUGGAACUUUAUCACGGAAAGCCAGCACCAACAGUAACUAUCUCCAUGGCUCGAUGAGACACGUUCCGUCCAUGGACUCCAUCUCCAGUUCGGUGGAGGGCCUCCAUAUUCGCCCCCCUUCUGCACUAAUGCUGGAAACGAUGUUCCAGGACCCAAAGACGCACAACAAUCAACAGACGUCUGCAUCGGGUCAGAGCGGGGAGAACGGUACUUUGAGGUCAGUCCAGUCUGUAGAUGGAUCCAGGUCAAUGGGACUGCACGGCGUGACCAAACCGAAACUAGCAAGGGAGCAUUUAGCCCUGGCCUUGAGUCAAGGCUUAAGUGCAGAGAUCCAGCUGAGCAGAGAUUCCUUGCACUGCUCCAGUGGGUACAGCACACAGACCACCACCCCCUCCUGCUCCGACGACACCAUCCCCUCGCACGCCUUAAAGAAGGACCCCUCUCUUUUUGACAGAAAGCGUCUCCCAACCUCUUUGAGAGAGCGAUCUCAGUGUGCUUGCAUUGCAGACUAUGAUUACAUCUCUCUCCACGGGGAACAAGAAGAGCCGGAACAACUUGAAUUUGACAAAUCGUCCACCAUCCCAAGGAACAGCGACAUCAGCCAGAAUUAUAGAAGAAUGUUUCAGGCCAAGAGACCGGCUUCAACCGUGAGCCUUCUCGCUGACCCCGACCCGAUCGUCCGGUCACCAAACGUGGCCACCAUCAAGAGGAAGCCCUCCAACAAGCCGACGAUGCGCAGGGGUACCAUCAGCGGGGUUCCCAUUCCCAUAAGAACUCCUGUGGUGCCCAUGAAAGCUCCCAACUUUCCUGAAGUUCCCACAAGUCCCUAUGGCGAGAGGACGAACAGCGAAGAGUUUGCCUAUUUCCAAGACGCCCGAUCAGAUCUUUCCCAAUACAAGCAAGGGCUGUGCACCUCCGCUCAAAGUCUUAAUGCCAUACAAACAACCUAUUGUGCCUUCAUACCCAAGCAAUCGUACGCAUACUCUCAAAGCAUCAACCCGCUGCCAACCAGUCCGCAGAAAACCUAUCAAAGGAAUGUUAGCACCGCCGAUAGCAGGGCGCCCUCGCACUCCGCUGCCCCCAACGCUGUUCACGUUACGGACAGUCUAGAAAACAACAUAACCGCUGGGGGAGCCGAACCCAUCCUGGCUCAGGAGGACAUGCUGACGAUGAUCAAACGCGGGGUUAAACUUAGGAAGACGGUGAGCAAUGAUAGAUCAGCACCCCAACUGAAUUGAGGCACUUUGCGUGAAUAGCUUCAUGCGCAGCAUUUGCCUUUUUUUAUUAUUAUUAUUACUUUAAAGACUUGAUAAACUCCUGAAUUCCCAUCGUCUGCUGUCGUUGGUUCGUUUCGAUCGAUGACUUAGUGCUAAGCUCGCCCCGUUUCUGAGUGUCCUUACAUUCUGUUACCGCAUUAAACCUAGACUGUAUGUUUUAGUUGUUUAAACCGUGUGCUGUUUAUUUUUGCAGAGUUGUAGUGUUUCUGGUUAACGUUUUUUCCAAGCUUUGCUUUCCAUAUCUUCGUUAUUCACGUUCAACGCAGGUCGAGGCUGAAAUAACAAAGUGCCUUGGCCCAAAAGCAGCCGUCUUGACGCUACUCUCUCAGUUUUAAAUGUUAAUAUUUUAAGUGCUAUUUUUUUUUACAGUGGCAUCAGAAAUUAAGAGGUUUCGAUUAAAUAAAAUUUUUAUGACGAUAGGUAAACGAUGUACAUACUACUUAAACGGGGGGCGUUCAGCGUUCACAUAAUUCAACAUCAAGUAACAAAACAGGGUGCUUUGUAAGCUCAAUUAAAUAGAAAUGCUCGUUUGAUGUGAGUACAUCUGUGUAUACCCACACGUAAUUCAAUGAAAAUGUGUUUUCAUGCUGUAUGUACUAAAAACAGAUGUAUAGAUCAAUACUAAGUUAUUGAGAUAAGCACCAUUUUACUAGACUAUAUUGAUCAAAUAUCAAUAUUAUUUUAGCUACUUGACGUGCUAAAUAAAUUCAUCUAAUGGUUUCAUUUAAGCCCUUUGUUCAGUUUUUAGUUACUCGUAGAAAGAAAAACACUGCCAUGCCGUCUUUGCAAGUGUAUGGGUCAAAACACGGAGCCCUCUUCCCCUUUUUUUUUACUUCCCUGAUGUCAUCCAGAACGAUAAAUGAUGAGGCUGCCGUACAUCGCGUGACUGCUCUCCCGCUUCGCAUUCAAUUUUAUUUAGAAAUGAAAAAAUUAUUAAAAUAAA